AUGAAAGAAUUAGAUUAAUAUUUAGAUGUAAAAAUUUAUUAUAAUUUGUUUUAGUAAUCAUUUGAUAAAAUAAAUAAUUUAUUGAUUAAUUAUUGAUUAUAGAUUCUCCAAUUUGUAAGUUAAACAAUACUAAAUUCGAAUUAUCUUUACCAAAACUAAAUUAACUCCAUUUAAUUGAUUAAUCUCAAUUUUAAUCAAAUAUUAUAUAAGAACUUAAACCAUUAAUCAAUUCAAAAAUCAAAGAUUAAGUUAAAUUCAAAUUAUAAUCACAUUAAUAAGAUUAAAAAUAAUUAAUAUAAUCAUAAUAAUAAAUUAAAUCUCCGUCUUCUUAAUUCAAUAUUAAACCAUUUAAUUAUUAAUUAAUUUCAAAUAAUCCAAUUAAGUAAUUAUAAUAUGGUCGUUGUAUUGCAAUUAAUAAAGAUAGUUCAAUUGUAGCUAUCGGUUGUAAUGAUAAACAAAUUAAAAUAUAUGAAUUUAAAUAAGGAAUGAUGAAAUUAAUUCAAGAAUUAAAUGAACAUAGUAACUGUGUAUUCAGUUUAAAUUUCAUGUAAUAAUCAGAUUAAUUGAUAUUUGGAGAUUCUGGUGGAUCUAUAGUAAUUUGGUCAAGAAAUAACUAUUAUUAAUGGAAUUCCUCAUAAACAAUUAAAGGACAUAAUUAUGGUAUUAAUUGUUUAAUUUUGAAUAAUAAUGAAGAUCUUAUUAUAUCUAGUAGUAGUGAUAAAACGAUUAAGUUUUGGAUUAAAUAACAUGAAUGGCUUUGUUAAUAAACAAUUACUGAUCAUACUAGUUCUGUUUAUUAAAUAAGUUUAAAUGAUUAACAAGAUAAAGAUAUUUCUUGUAGUAGUGAUUAUAAAAUAUUGGUAAUUGAGUGUUCUGAAUAAAGUAAAAGGUGGAUUGUUAUAUAAAAUAUAAAUGUUGAUUGUUAAGGAUAUCGAUUAUGCUUUAUAAAAAAUAACCUAUUCACAUUUUAACCUUGGAAUGGCAAUUUGAUGCAUGUCUAUGAGAUGAAUAGUGUAAGUAAAUAGUUCACUAAGACAAAAGAUAUUACUGUAAAUUAAGGUAAUGAUCGUUGGUAAUUAUUUCCAUUAUAAUAUAUUAAAUAAAAAUAGAUACUAGUGAGUAAACACUAUAAAUAUAUCAAUUUUAUAAGAAGGACAGAAAAAGAUGAAUUUAAAGUUGAGUAAUCUAUUCAAUUUAAUACAUUUGGUAUAUUUGGUUAAUUGAGUAAUGAUGGAGAGUAUUCUAUUACUUGGGAUGAUUUAUCUGAAGAAAUAUAAAUUAGAAAAUAUAGAGAAGAAUGA